AUGCACACACAGUGACAGAGAAAGAUCAGGCACCGAGUGACGGGAGCAUCUCCUCUCCUCUCUGUGUAUCCCACCCUGUAAGCCAGAAGAAAAAAGAUGUCUACCGUACUAACCAGACUACCUUCAUCAUUGGAGAAACACCAAAAGGAAUCCGUAGAAAGCAGUUUGAAGAAAUGGCCUCUUACUACAAGUUAUCGGUGCAGGAAUUUGCCAGACAAGUAACCAGCACCACAUCUGAAGAGCGACAGAGAAUGCUCAGGGACUUCUACAGUCUUCAGCACCCGGAGGUAAAGGGGUUCUUUGUGAAUUCUGCUUCAGAGUUGAUCAGAUCUGUCCACAAGGAAGAAAAAAGUGUCAAGAAUAAAGCUAAAGAAAAACAAUCUCUUUCGAAAGAAAGGCCCUCAAAUGAUACUUUGUCAUGCAAUGAUUCCACCAACAAAAUGUCUCAAGUUUACAACCCAAAACUAUGUAAAGGAAAAUCAAUCAGAUCUCAAAAUCACAGUUCCCAUGGAGAAAAGACAUUUUCUAGUGUUGCAAAAAUUAAGAAAUCCUCUGUCAACUUUAUUCAAGAGAUUGACAGUGAGAGAAAUGGUCACACACCCAAGAACACCAUGAUACCCUUCUGUCCAAACAGCAAGUCUGAAACCCCGGAGACAGAGCUAGAAAAUUCCCCAAGACACCAGCAGGACCUCACAGGAGCAUGCAGUUCAAGAAACAGACCACUUUCCAAGCUGGGAGACAAAAGGGUAGAAAACCCAGUGUCAGAACACACUCCUGUGGAAGGCUUGCUUGGUGACACCUCUAUUCUUAAUGACCUCUUUAAAAGCCAUGGGGAAGGUCCCACACAACUGCCAAAGGAGGUUCUUUCAGGACCGGUGGCAAAAGCAAAGCAGAGGCCAAAAGAUUUCUGGGACAUCCUGAAUGAGCAGAGUGAUGACAGUCUCAGCAAACUCACUGACUUGGCAGUGAUCGAGACUCUGUGUACAAAAGUGCCCCGCUCCACAGCCUCCAAAAGGAAAGAUGAGCUGGAGGCUUCCCUGUGGAAAGCAAAUGAGAAGUUUCUGUGGAAAACAUUUAACUCGGAUGCCGAUGAAGGCCCAGCCAAUACAGAGAGAGAGUAGAACAUGGAUGGUUAGUGUAUCAUUGAGCUGCCAGCCCUGUUUAUGGUACUGUAGUAGCAUCCUGAACAGUUGUUUGUAGACUUGCUUAUUAAAGUAUUGCUUUAGUGUUACUUAACAGCCUAAAAUGUUAUCAUGGUUUUUCUUUCCUUAAUAUGUUUUAAUCAUUAAUGCCCAAUUUAUACAUUUCUGGAGAUCAAGCCCAGGACAUCGUAUAUGCCAGCAAGCACUCCAGCCAACUCAGCUACAUCUCCUGCCCCUGAUUUAAUCUCUUAACAAAUGUGAUUAUGUCAUUUUAUAACCCCUAUUAUACGUGUGAUUCUGUGGCCUCACAUGAGUGACUUGCACUGUGUUUGUCCACUCCUCAUAUGAAAGGUAACAGGACUGAGCCAUAUUAACCUAACCUUGCACUUUUAAACUCUUCCAGAAUGUCCCAAAUCAAGGGCAGUCACUAAACUCUUCUCAUGGGCAUUGGGAAGUUACUGUUUUCCUUCUUCCUUGGGAUUAUGUUCUAGUAAUGUUGAAUUAUUUUAGAUAAAAGUUGUAAUUAGGAAUGAAUAUUUGGUAUUAUGUUAAAAUGGUAACUUUAUAACUGCUCAGGGUCAUGUAUACGUUUGUGAGCUGUGAUGCUAAAGUAAUGGGAUUGUUACCAUUGACCAGAGUGCCAAAGCCUUAACUUUUCCUAUUACUUUGAUUUAGUAAAUAAAAAUAAAUCUUUGUAUUUUAACUUUAUUUCUUAAGUGGAAGGAAAUGAAUAAGCAUUUGAAUUUAAUUGAAACCUCUUUCAUUGAAUUUAAUGUAUGUGGUUUACACACUCUGAAAUGUGCUCAUUGUUGGAUUUAUUAGUGGCAUUUUCACAGCUGCUGUGGUCUGUGAUAGGUGCUUGACUAUUUAGGUGACAGCUACAGGUGAAGGCAAAGAGGUCCCGUCUGUGAAGCAUCUGCCUAUGUAGUC